CUAUGGUGCUUUCCUGUACCUGAGACUGAGAUGAGGCCAAUGGUAACCGGCGCAAGAGCUGGCAGGGGCCAUCUGAUGGAUAAACAAAGCUUGGUGCCUGCCGUCCAAGAGCUGUGGAAUGCAUGGGAGAUCCACUUGAUGAUCCUCCUCAGCCUUUCCCUGCAAGUCUUCCUCUUCCUCUUGGCAGGCAUGCGGAGGCGCAGCUCGAACGGGUUCCUGGUAACCGUCCUGUGGCUUGCGUACCUGUCGGCCGACUCCGUGGCCGUCUUCGUGCUGGGCCACCUUGCAGUCCGCGCGAGCGAGCCCGGCCACGAGCUCGUGUCCUUCUGGGCGCCGUUCGUGCUCGUCCACCUUGGCGGGCAGGACAGCAUCACUGCCUUCUCAAAGCAGGACAACGAUCUGUGGAAGCGGCACGUGCUGAACCUGGUCAUCCAGGCAGGGGUCGCUGGGUACGUGGUGGCUAAGGCUUCUUGGCCGGACGCCCGGCUCAGGGAUGCCAUGGUGAUCAUGUUCUUCUGUGGAUGCUUCGAGUACGCCGAGCGUGUCCUUUGCCUCAUCUUUAGGAGCGCAGACCAUCUUAACAGUGUUGAUUUGUGGCGAAAACUUGUGGGCAGAGGUGUACUAGUGGCAAAGGAGCUUGAGCUGGACAAGGAACUAGGCGUUAGGGGAAGAAGCGAGAGAACGAUGUUACGAUGGAGGAAGUAA